AUGGCGCAGACUCCUGGAGAUGCCCUUAACAGUAUUGUGGCAGACUUGCGCUCGAAGAGCAGUGACGAUGUCAGAAGACGUGCGGCAAUAAGUUUGAGACAAUUGGUGGAGAUAUCUUCUAGAGAUUUAUCCCAGGAGCGCUUCCAGGAAUUUUAUAAUGUUGUCAACCAGAAGAUUACAACCCUCAUUAGCCAUACGAACGAACCGGUGGACAGACUGGGUGGUAUCUAUGCUCUCGAUGCGCUCAUCGAUUUCGACGGCGUCGAUGCUGGACAGAGGACGACUCGAUUCACACAAUCAUUACGAACUGUACUUAGAGGAAAGGACCUGGUGCCUAUGCAGCCAGCUGCCUCGGCGCUGGGAAAAAUAUGUAAACCAGGGGGAUCGUUGAUUUCAGAUCUAGUCGAAGCCGAGAUCAAGACAGCCCUCGAAUGGCUCCAGUCGGAUCGUGUAGAGGAAAGACGAUAUGGAGCGGUCCUUAUAUUACGAGAACUUGCCCGAAACUCACCCACGCUGGUAUAUGGAUUUGUCGGUCUGAUAUUCGAUCAAAUAUGGGUCGGUCUACGAGACCAGAGACUGCUUAUUCGGCAGACAGCUGCUGAGGCUAUAAGUGCCUGCUUUCAGAUUAUACGAGAAAGAGACCAAGCCAUGCGACAGACAUGGCAGGCUAAGAUUUAUGACGAAGCUGUUCAGGGGGUUAGGCAAGGAUCCGUUGAAUACAUCCAUGGAUCACUCUUGGUCAUUAAAGAACUGCUUCAUCAAGGUGGAAUGUUCAUGCAGGAGCACUACGCCGAGGUUUGCGACAUUGUCUUUCGUCAUAAAGACCAUCGUGAUAUGACAAUUCGGAGGACAGUCGUUAUGUUGAUACCAGAGCUUGCGAACUACUCGCCUAGCGAAUUCGCUGCGUCUUACUUGCACAAGUUUAUGGUGUUCCUUUCCGGCAUGUUGAAGAAGGACAAGGACCGAAAUGACGCCUUUUUGGCUAUUGGCAAUAUUGCAAACGCUGUUAAAAGUGCUAUUGCUCCUUAUCUUGAUGGCGUUCUGAUAUACGUCCGGGAGGGCCUAAGCUUAAAAUCAAGACGAAGUGGCACCGUUGAUCCUGUCUUCGACUGUAUCAGCAGACUGGCGGUUGCAGUCGGUCAAACUCUCAGCAAAUAUAUGGAGGCUCUUCUCGAUCCAAUAUUCGCUUGUGAAUUGACACCAAAACUCACGCAAGCACUCGUCGACAUGGCUUUUUACAUUCCGCCUGUUAAGCCGACCAUCCAAGAAAGACUUUUGCACAUGUUGAGUAAGGUCCUAUGCGGAGAGCCAUUCAAGCCCCUUGGUGCGCCUACACCGAAUAGCAUCGCUGCGGCCCCCGUUGUACCAAAAGAUUCGAGAGAUCCUAUGGCGUACGAGCACCGGCAGACUGAGAUUAAGCUUGCUCUGAACACACUUGGCAGUUUCGACUUCUCUGGCCAUGUCCUCAACGAGUUCGUUCGUGACGUCGCAAUAAAAUAUGUCGAAGACGAAAAUCCCGAUAUUCGUGAGGCAGCAGCAUUGACGUGUUGCCAGCUCUAUGUUAGAGAUCCCAUUGUCAAUCAAACUAGUCACCAUGCAAUUCAGGUCGUUAACGAAGUCAUUGAAAAGCUACUUACCGUGGGUGUCGCUGACCCUGUGCCUGGAAUUCGACGGACAGUUCUUGCUGCAUUAGACGAGCGCUUCGAUCGUCAUCUCGCAAAAGCAGAAAAUAUUCGGACGUUGUUCUUUGCUCUAAACGAUGAAGUUUUCGAGAUUAGAGAAGUGGCUAUUGCUAUCAUCGGGCGUCUGACGUCGGUCAAUCCCGCCUAUGUGAUUCCAUCACUCAGGAAGAUAUUAAUUCAAAUGCUCACCGAGCUUGAAUUUUCCGAUGUUGCAAGAAACAAGGAAGAAAGUGCCAAACUACUCAGUCUCUUGGUCCAAAACUCGCAAGGCCUAAUCAAGCCGUAUGUGAAUCCUAUGAUAGCAGUUCUCUUACCCAAAGCUAGGGAUCCGAGUCCGGCUGUGGCUUCUACAAUUCUGAAGGCAAUUGGCGACCUUUCGACAGUGGGGGGUGAGGACAUGAUUCCAUACAUUGACAGACUCAUGCCUAUCAUUAUUGAGGCGCUUCAAGACCAAAGUUCGCCUGCGAAGCGCGAAGCUGCUCUUCGAACACUUGGGCAACUGGCUAGUAACUCGGGCUAUGUCAUCAAACCAUACCUGGACUAUCCAAAUCUCCUAGAAAUUCUACAGGGUAUCAUUCGCGGAGAGCCGCAAAGACAGGUGCUUAGACACGAGACAAUUAAACUUAUGGGUAUCCUUGGCGCACUUGAUCCGUACAGACAUCAACAAGUCGAGGAAACCUCGCCAGAAACGCAACUCCACCUCGAGUCAAAUCGGACAACGGAUAUCUCACUCAUGAUGGACGGGCUCACACCUUCAACCAAAGAAUACUUCCCAACUGUUGUUAUCAAUGCUCUCCUUCAGAUCUUAAAAGAUCAAUCGCUAGUACAGCAUCAUGCGGUUGUUGUAGAAGCUAUUAUGCAGAUCUUUCGAACCCUAAAUAUGGAGUGUGUUCCUUUUCUUAACAAGAUCAUUCCAGCCUUCUUAGCCGUCAUCAGAGCAUCUCCGACCGCGAGACUGGAAUCUUACUUUAGUAACCUCAGCAUCUUAGUUACUAUUGUCAAGCAGCACAUAAGGAAUUACCUACCACAAAUUGUUGAACUUCUCCAAGAAUACUGGGACAAAUCGCCCUCGCUACAAGCCAAUAUUCUGACGCUCGUGGAGUCAAUAUCACGCUCGCUCGAAGGAGAGUUCAAGAUUUACCUUGCUGGAUUACUUCCUCUGAUGCUUGGAGUGCUCGAUAAAGAUACCACUGUCAAAAGACUACCAUCUGAGCGGGUUCUACACGCUUUUCUGAUCUUUGGUUCAAGCGCAGAAGAGUAUAUGCACUUGAUAAUACCAGUCAUUGUUAAUGUAUUCGAGAAACCCGGUCAACAGCCACUCAUUCGCAAACUUGCCAUAGAAACUAUUGGCAAAAUAUCGCGUCAAGUCAAUCUGAAUGAUUAUGCUUCAAAGAUCAUUCAUCCUCUAGCUAGAGUUUUAGCUGGCAAUGACCCAGCGUUGCGAGUUGCUGCUUUUGACACGUUGUGCGCUUUGAUUUUCCAGCUAGGCAAGGACUAUUUACACUUCGUUGGAACAAUCAACAAGGUGCUUGUUGCCAACCAGAUAUCACACCAAAACUAUGAGCUAUUGGUUAGCAAGCUCCAGAAGGGGGAAGUCUUACCACAAGAUCUGAAUGCAGAUGAUCGCUAUAGACACCUGAAUGAUGAUACUGUUCAAGAUCCAUCAAACAAAAAGCUUGACUCUAACCCGGUGCAUCUAAAGGCGGCUUGGGACGCGACUGGCAAGUCGACGAAAGAAGAUUGGCAAGAAUGGAUGAGAAGAUUUAGUUUGACGGUUUUGACGGAAUCCCCUAACCAUGCACUCAGAGCUUGCGCGUCGCUUGCGAGCGUUUACCCCCCUCUAGCAAGGGAAUUAUUCAACUCUGCUUUCGUAUCUUGUUGGAGCGACCUCUUCGAGCCUUAUCAGGACGAUUUGAUACAAAACAUAGAGACCGCCAUACGAUCAGAAUAUAUUACGCCAGAUCUUCUUGGUGUCUUGCUCAAUCUUGCCGAGUUUAUGGAACAUGAUGAUAAAGCUCUCCCCAUUGACAUCCGGGUACUAGGUCGCGAAGCUGGCAGGUGCCACGCAUGGGCAAAGGCUUUGCAUUACAAAGAAUUAGAGUUCAUUCAAGACCAGUCUAGUGGAGCUGUUGAGGCAUUGAUUCAGAUCAACAAUCAGCUACAACAAUACGAUGCGGCUAUAGGCAUUCUGCGUAAGGCCCAGUCAUUCAAGGAUGGGAUAACACUUCGAGAGACUUGGUUUGAGAAGUUGGAACGCUGGGAGGAAGCUCUGGAGUUCUACAAGAAAAGGGAACAGGAAUUUCCGGGCGAUGCCGACACAAUUGAAGUUAUUAUGGGAAAAAUGAGAUGUCUACAUGCUUUGGGCGAAUGGGAUUCUCUAUCCUCAUUAGCGCAAGAUAAGUGGCACACUUCAUCCUUGAGUAUAAAAAGACGCGUUGCUCCUCUGGCGACUGCCGCUGCAUGGGGACUGGGCCAAUGGGACCUGAUGGAUGACUAUCUCAGCGUCAUGAAGGUCGAUACCCCAGAUCGAUCAUUCUUCGGCGCGAUUCUGGCUCUCCAUCGUAAUCAAUUCCGCGAGGCCGCUUCAUAUGUCCAAAAGGCUCGGAAAGCGCUGGAUACUGAGCUCAGUGCUUUGGUCAAUGAAUCUUACAACAGAGCUUACACUGUUGUCGUCCGCGUACAAAUGCUUGCUGAGCUAGAAGAGCUGAUUACUUAUAAGCAGAGUAACGGGUUAACUCAUAAACAAGAGACAAUGCGCCACACCUGGGAAAAGCGUCUUCUCGGCUGUCAGCGAAAUGUCGAAGUCUGGCAGAGGAUGCUAAAUCUGAGAGGCUUGGUCAUUUCUCCGAAAGAAAACAUGUUAAUGGAGAUCAAAUUUGCAAAUCUUUGUCGAAGUUCUGGGCGUAUGGGUCUGGCAGAAAAGUCACUGAAGAGGCUGAUCGGUACUGAGGAGAGUCUCGAUACCCUACUCCCCUACACAGAAGAUGGGCCUCGGCAGAAUGGCCAACGACGCAUCAAAAACGCAAUUCCUGCUCACGUCCAGUAUGCUGUGCUUAAAUUUCACUGGUCUGCCGGAAAGCGGGCUCCAGCGCUGGAUGGGCUCAAAACCUUAACGUUAGAUAUGGCCGAUCGACUGGAAGCCGCUCAGAUGGCUCCUCAAGGCAUGAACGGUGAUAUGCAUAUGAACAACAACCCUAACAUUACAAAUGGUUAUGCCAAUCCAAAUAUGGCCGGCGCUAACAUCCUCAAUUCCAAAGCGAUGCAAGCUCAUACGGUUUUGCUUUCUCGAUGCUGUUUGAAGCAGGGCGAGUGGCAAGUUGCUCAAAGGCAAGGGAACUGGCAGCACGACCAAGUUGAAGAUGUUUUGGCAUCCUACCGGGCCGCAACCCACUUCAACCCCAACUGGUACAAGGCGUGGCAUGCAUGGGCUCUGGCAAAUUUCGAAAUCGUUCAGACCUUGGGGCAUAAGUCUGACAAGGACCGUGACCUUGUCGUUUCUCCGAAUGUUUUGAUCGAACACGUUGUCCCCGCGGUUCGAGGCUUUUUCAAGUCCAUCGCACUCUCAAGUGACAGUUCUCUCCAAGACACCCUGAGAUUACUGACUUUAUGGUUCGCGCAUGGUGGAAGCCCUGAGGUUAACACUGCGGUCACUGAGGGCUUCGCCUCUGUCAGUGUGGAUACCUGGUUAGAAGUCAUUCCACAAUUGAUUGCUCGCAUCAAUCAACCAAACACUCGAGUUCGACAAUCCAUUCAUAAUUUACUUGCGGAUGUCGGCAGAGCUCAUCCGCAGGCGCUAGUAUAUCCAUUGACUGUUGCCAUGAAGUCGGCGCCAAAUACCCGGCGAUCUAGAUCUGCUGUCCAGAUCAUGGACAGCGUGCGUCAACACAGCGCAAAACUCGUCGAGCAAGCUGAUGUUGUCAGUCACGAACUUAUUCGUGUUGCGGUUUUGUGGCACGAACUCUGGCACGAAGGCCUGGAGGAAGCUUCCCGACUUUACUUCGGUGAUCGCAAUAUUGAGGGUAUGUUCAACACACUCGCGCCACUUCACGAUAUGCUUGAUGCUGGUCCUGAGACUCUUCGCGAAAUAUCCUUCGCUCAGACCUUUGGCCGCGAUCUUCAAGAAGCACGUGAGUGGUGCUUCGCCUACAGACAGUCUGGAGAUAUUGGGGAAAUCAACUCCGCAUGGGACCUCUACUACCAAGUUUUCAGAAGAAUUGCACGACAGCUACCACAACUCAACAACUUGGAGCUGGCAUACGUCUCGCCUAAAUUGCAGAAGGCCGAAAAUCUUGAUUUAGCUGUACCUGGUACCUAUCAGAGUGGGAAAGAGGUCAUUAAAAUCGUCGGUUUUGACCCGAACUUUACCGUGAUCUCUUCCAAACAGCGACCGAGAAAGCUUCAGCUGCACGGUAGUGAUGGACAGACACAUGCUUUCGUACUCAAGGGCCACGAAGAUAUACGACAAGACGAGCGUGUUAUGCAACUAUUUGGCCUAUGCAACACCCUUCUUCACGUUGACCCCGAAUCUUAUCGCCGCCAUCUGAAUAUCCAACGGUAUGCGGCUAUACCAUUGUCGCAAAGUUCUGGUCUCCUCGGUUGGGUGCCAAACAGUGAUACUCUGCACGUCCUCAUUCGGGAAUACAGAGAAAGCCGUAAAAUCCUCCUCAAUAUCGAACACCGGAUCAUGCUUCAGAUGGCACCCGAUUAUGAUAACUUGACGCUCAUGCAGAAAGUCGAAGUCUUUGGGUAUGCACUUGACAAUACCACUGGACAAGAUCUCUACAGAGUCCUUUGGCUGAAAAGUAAGAGUUCCGAGUCCUGGCUGGAGAGACGAACAAAUUACACAAGAUCCCUCGGUGUUAUGUCAAUGGUUGGAUACAUUCUUGGUCUUGGUGACAGACAUCCCUCCAAUUUGAUGCUUGAUAGGAUCACCGGCAAGAUCAUUCAUAUUGAUUUUGGUGACUGUUUCGAGGUCGCCAUGCACCGUGAGAAAUAUCCCGAGCGAGUCCCAUUCCGACUGACAAGAAUGUUGACCUACGCCAUGGAAGUCGGAAACAUUGAAGGCAGUUUCAGAAUUACUUGUGAGAAUGUAAUGAGAGUUUUACGAGAGAAUAAAGAGUCUUUGAUGGCUGUACUCGAAGCGUUCAUUCACGACCCUCUCCUCAACUGGCGUCUGACCGGUGACGCCUCUCCCACUGGAGGUCCAAAUUUCCGUGCCGAGCGACGGAAUUCCAUGAUGGCAGAUCGCAGACCCUCAAUCAUGGACGCAGACAUUCCGCCCUCAGCUCUGAUGGCUCAGGAUCCAACACUUGGAGCGGCACCACCUUCGUCACGGCCUCGCGGGAGAACGAACUCUACAGUCCAUGGUCCUAUGGUUGACGGUGAAUUACAGGAGACGCAGAAUGAGCGGGCGAUGCAAGUGCUGAAUCGUGUGAAAGAGAAGCUCAUCGGACGAGACUUCAAACCUGAUGAGGAAUUAACGUACAUCCUUCAAGUCGAUAAGCUCUUAACCGAGGCAACGAAGUUCGAGAAUCUUUGCCAGCAUUAUAUUGGAUGGUGUAGUUUCUGGUAG